GUGGAAUCUUGAGAAAGAGAGGAGAUAAAUACAUGGAAAUAUUUUUCAAGAUAUUGAUUCCAAGUAAAUGAAUUUGUCAUCUUUAAUCAGACUGUGUGCUUAAUUUCAAAAGUGUUUGUGUUAUAAACUUCCUCCUCUGUAAAUCUGGUCUUGUGAAUAGUGUAAAUUUUCUACCUAGAAGAUUAAAGAAGUGAUUCUCUAUGUGAUUAUGGGAGUAAGGUUCAGACAACCUUGGGUGGUUUUAAGUUUCCUACUGAGUAAUCUGGACUAGGGGAAAGUACUAAAGAUACUGCACAGGGAAGUAUGAGAUAAACUCUCUCUUUAUGACUUUAGAAGUCUGGUUACUUAUUUACAACUGGGAUAAGAUAAAUGAUCAAAUAAUUAGAGAAGUUCUAGAAACCACUUGUCAAGUUUUAUUCUACUGUCAACCCAUGUCCCUGUGCAUGUCUGAACCUUUGGUUACCUUAGAUUUCCAAUACCUGGAAGAGAACAAGCUGCAGCAUUACUCAGGCAGGCCCCUCCUGAGUUCUACUCACGUAUAAAGAAUUCCCUCCUUGAGCUACUAUGACAUUGGCUGGUUACUCACACCACAGAUUCCUCGGGAUUGGUUGGGACUGCAAAUAAAACACUGUUUGCCCAUAAUUGAGCUGAUAAGCUACAGCAUAAAUACACACAAGUUCCUCUUCUUAGAAUAUAAUAUGCAGCAUCUGCUCUCUUCUUUCCUCCUAACAUUUUCAUGCAAGACCUGGAAAGGAAAUGUUGUCUCUGGCCAGAAGAAUUCAUUAAAAACUUAAAAUGGGUCUGUCGAGUUCUAAAAACCCUAAAGCCAAACAAGCCCAAAUUCUUCUUCUGGGACUUGACUCUGCUGGGAAGUCUACUGUUCUUUAUAAAUUAAAGCUUGCUAAGGAUAUCGUGACCAUGCCAACAGUAGGUUUCAAUGUGGAGAUGAUCAAGUUGGAAAAGAGUCUUUCAUUCACCGUCUGGGAUGUUGGAGGACAGGAGAAAAUGAGAACUGUGUGGGGCUGUUACUGUGAGUGCGCCGACGGGUUGGUGUAUGUUGUGGACAGUACAGACAAACAGCGACUGGAAGACUCCAGGAGAGAGUUUGAGCGCAUUUUGAAGAAUGAACACAUUAAAAAUGUACCUGUUGUUCUAUUAGCCAACAAACAAGAUGUUCCCGGAGCUCUGACUGCCGAGGACGUCACCAGAAUGUUUAAAGUGAAGAAACUCUGCUGUGACCGGAGCUGGUACGUGCAGCCCUGCUGUGCCAUCACUGGGGAUGGGCUGACCGAGGGGUUCAGGAAACUAACUGAAUUUGUGAAAAGCUACAUGAAAUCGAGAGCAGACACUUUUGCAUUCUUCAAGCAAAACUGAGGUCCAAGCAGUGGAAGAUGAAGUUGAAAGGGUAAAUUUUUUUUUUCCAUGUCAAAUGAGAAAAGCAAGUUGCUGAGAUGGCGAACUUUUCCUGAGAUGUUAUUUCACCUAAAUUAAGUUAAACAACUCAGAAUAAUAGCUAUAAAAUAUUAUAUUUGGCCAGGCACUUUAGCAGGCUGUGGUAAUGAUAAUUUGGAAUGAAAAAUUUAUAAUUUUGUACAUGUUGGAUAGUUUAGGAUAAUUAUAUUUAGGACCAAAUAAAUUAUUGCUUUAUAUUUUCAUAUAACUACUAAGUAAACUCUGCUAAUAGAGACAGAAUUUUUUCAGAUUGUUUUCAGCUGUUAAAUUUCCACCACACUCUUAUGUAAUAGCUGGGUGGUGUAAAAAAAUCAACUUUAAAUUAUGGAGAGGAAAAAGUUCAAUGUUACUAUUUUGUAAACCCCUAUCUAUCCCCUAUAUAAAAUUUUUCUUCUGGAUUCCUGCCAGCUUUUUGAAAUCUAUUGCUGAGAACUUUAUACAAUGAAUCAAACAAUGAACUCCAGGCUGUUAAUUGCCCAGAGGCUGUGUUCUCUCAUAGGGAGCAGAAGUGGGUAUCUUAAAGCUCCGGGGAUCAGGGUAACACCUUAGAGUUUAGGGCAAGGCCUGGGAUUUAGCUCAGCUGGAGCUGCAGCCCCAAGACCAGCUUCAGUAUAAUUUAGUAUAACAGUCAUUACUUGGGAACUAUGUACAGCUCACUGUUCUGAUCAAACAGGAACCAGAGCCAGACUUUGCUCUCAGAGACCUUGCAAUUCACAGGGGGUAAUGACAUAAGGCUAAUUGCUAGAAUAGGGCAAUGAGUGCUAUGUGAUGUAACAGGGGAGACUCUUUCUGACCUGGAAAAGCAGGACGUGCUUCAUGCAGGAAGUGGUAUUUAAGUGGGUAUCCAACUCCUGGGGACCCACAAAGGUACAGGUUAGUCACUGGAAGUUCCCAUCAUGAGGAGACUCUCCAGAGAUGCUGUGGGGGAGGGGAGGAAGAGUGAAGGAACUAGACAUUGACUUGGAAUUCCCCUGAGAGGCUCAGAACUCCCAAGGGGGCCCCAGUAUGAACUCUUCCCUCCCACCCUGCCUUUAAAAAGGCUCAUUUGGGCUAGAAGCAGGCUCGAAGCCUCCACAGCAGACCCUGGGACUCCAAAUCUUAAGGUUACUGAGGAAAAUGCAGAUAUAAUAAAAUAAGGAUGCCAGCUCCUAGGUUCCUUUCAUGGUUCUCUUCUCUUAGCAAUGAUUAGUUCAGCAAAGAUCUGAGUAGCCACUUCUGUGCUACACGACAGCAAUUCAAAUAAUAAAGAAGACAUACACAUAAUAAUAGUUACCACUGGUUGAAUACUUGUGUGUGCCAGGCAUUGUUCUAAACACUUUCAUACACCUUCUCAUUUAAUGUUCAUGACUUGCCUGAGAGAUUUGAAUAGGUGUUAUCUCAAUUUUAUAGAUGAGAGUACUGAGACUAAACAAGGUUCAACACACACACAAAA